AUGACCGCAUUGUGUUUCGCCCAUCGCCACCGAACUGAUCGUUUCGAAUUUUACUACAUUUCGCUGGGUUUUUAUCUCUCAAUACAAAUGCCUUUCAUCGACAACGACUUUGUAGAGUUGAAAGACUGUGUUUUUAUCAAAGGCUUACCAACAAAUGCUAACAUUGAAGUCUCCCAUGUUAGGUACAAGACGGGACGAGUGAAUCGUUCAUGCGAAACGUCAAAUUUGAAACUAAUUUCUAGUUUAUCGGCGUUUGUUUUGUGAUAUUGCUCUUUAUCUUGAUGUAAUCUGUUUACAGGCAAUACUUUAAAGAAAGAUUUGGAGAAUGCUGUGUAGAAAUGUCUUCCCUCUCGAAGGAUAAACGAUGGUUUUUCGUGGCGCUAAAGUUUAAAUCACCUUCGGUCGCCGAAAACGUGAUGGAACGGUGAGUUAUUUAUUAAAGCUGUCACAGAUUUCUGUUUUAUCAGUGAAACAUCUUUCCUUUGAAACAAACAUGUAUUGAAGAUUUCGUUUCCGAAAGUAAAAUAUUCCCGAGAAUUAAUCACGCGUAUUGUCUCUGAUCACAAACUGCCAUCGUAAGCAUUUUUCGACUGUCUCUUUCUAUCAAAAGUUGACAUUUGAUUCAAUCUCGGGUGAAACCAAGUUUACUUAAAACUGGCCGACUAUUAGUUUUGAAAAGGUCCAUAAUGUUAUAUGUAACUUCACUAGAGUUUCACAUGCAAGGCAUUUUUUAAAACAAAACUAAAUAGGGCCACAGUAAGAUAAGUUGGCAAAUUGGGAUAUCUUAUGGAUGUUUGAUAGUAAAGCUUUAUUUUUAUACUAAUGCAGUAAGAAUGAAAUUCAUUGACAACUUUCUUCACAGCUGAUCUCUUUAAUCAGAACUUGGACACUCAGAUGCAAUUCUCCAGUGGAAACAUUUUCAGUUUCAGAAGUCUUGGAUAAUUCACUAAAAAUAGAAUAUCCUUAGGUUGCUAUUUUAAGUGAGGCACAAGAUCUGUAUGUGUCACGUGACUACUAGGACCCCCCCUCCUCCUUCUCCUCCUCCUCAUCUAAAUCUACCCACUGGAGAUGUUCAGACAGUUUAGAGAGCAGGAAAUGCAUGAAUCAUGUCCCUAGUACACAUAUGCAUUGCUGUUGACUCUAAAGUUAACUAUGCACUAAGAUGACUUUAGCUGUUACUUUUAGUGAUUGUUGAUGAUUUUGCUGCAACUUUCAUGUCAAAUGCUUCUAAAACAUUUUGGCUAAGCCAGAAGGGAAAUUUUCAGGUAUUCUGACUUGCAUUAUAUUUCAUUUAGUGAACACAAUAGAAACAAAAUCAAUACUUUUUUUUCUAGGUUUGGAGGCAAGUAUGUAUUUGGACAUCGAGUGACCAUGAGUCACUGGAGAGUGCCAAGGAGCAAAGUACCCCCAGGUAAACUCCAACAGGAAUCACACCAACCAAAUAGCAGGACUUGGGAAUAUAGGGAGAAUAAUGGCAAUGUAGACAUGGAUAGGAGACAUAAUGAGGAGAGUUUGAGAGAAAGACAUUCAUGGGAUACUAACCGUGCAUCAAGUGACUUAGUGGGCGAUAAGCACAGAGAUGAUUUCAGGGAUGAUGCAGACAAUAUCAGGCAUUAUCAGGAUAAUGAAGGACAGACCAGGGAUGACUACAGCUAUCAAGAACAGACUGAGGGAUAUUAUCCACAGCACUGGGAUAAUGAACAAAUGGAAGAAGUAGAUUACUACGAAGACAACUGGAAUGGCUGGGAUUCUGCUAAAAAUGGCAGUGGUGAAAACUUUUGUGAAAGAGAAACGUAUGACAGAGAGGAGGUUUGUAAAUGGUUCAUUAUAAGAGCUACAUAAAUACAUUCAUUUACAUUAACGUUUUGCAUAGUGCCAUGUUCUCUUAGUCAAGAAGAGUCACUGACAGAAAGAUGCUAACUUCCUUUUCCUUUCGCCUCUACUUUUGUGUUUGCUAUAUCUCCCUUGUCUUUUCUACUUACCUUUUCGCUCUUAAUGAACAUGAAAAAAUUGGGUAAAAAAAUUUAGAUCACCUCAGUUGUAGUGGAAAAAAAGACCUUUGAGAAUACCAAUUGAAUGGAUGCUCCAACUUAGUUGUGAGAGGGUACAUGUAGGAAAACCCACAGAGUUACAUGUAGGUUUGUUUGAGUAUCUGAUUGGUAAGGCUAAAUAAAUUAAGUAAAAUGGCAUUAAGAUGUGAGGAUUUUAUGAUAAUCUGGUUCUAACAUCAUGAAAAACUCUAUCAAAAUGUUGUUCUGUCUCUCUUCCUCUCACUAUUCUUCCUUUAUACCUUUUAUAUUCCGCUUUAUCAUCCAACCUACCUUUACUAAUUUCUGUUUAUUUACUAGGAACUGCCAUAUCACCGUGAGGAGGACAUUUGGCAAGGAAGAGAAAAUAAUCAAGAUGACAACCAAGCUUUCUUUGACCAAAAUCAGUCAUGGGACUAUGACCGCAGAUAUAAUGAACCAGACAGAAACCAGGAGUUUUACUGUGAACGAUAUGAAGAAAACUUUCGUCAAGAGUAUGAUAAUAGCCAAUAUGAUGACUACAGGAGAAGAUCUGAAGAAACAAGUCAUGACAGUGAAGAUCUUCGUGAAACGAUAAGAGUGUGGCGAGGUCAAAGGGAAAAUAACGGGACACACGAGUUACAGGCACAAAGACAAGGUAUGUUUACUCAUGUUCCGAUUAAAGUCAUUAUUACGUUGUGGUAGGGCGUUUGGUUACGUGGGAGCUAGGUAAUUUUCAGCUCUCAUUUGAGCCACCACCUAAUUGUCCUCCCAAAAGUCCCGAGAACCUUCUCUCCUAGUCGGGUCCAGUAAAGGCGCCUUAUUUAAUAACAGCCUGUGUUGAUGGUCGACCCCAUGAGCUUUUCUUCUCACUUACUCUUCCACUUGUUUUAUUGGCACUAUCCUGCACAUUUUUCUUCUCCGUGUGUUCACAUUUGUGUAUGCUGACAUUCAUUUGAUGAGAGGCAAGUAGUUGAAAUUUGACAAUAUUUUCACAAAUAAGUUGUAUCCAAACUGCACUUUUUGUCGACCCUAAAUGUCUCGAUAUAGAAUUCUGAGCCCUGGGCUUUGCUCCAAACUGUCUUUUUCCUCUGAGGUUUAUGAUUUGGUACCCGUCGUGCAUCCCUGGAUUUUCCAUGUUGAUUGUCCUACAUUCGACCCCCCAAAAAGGAAAGAUUACGACCAAUCUCUUUAUGCUGAAAGAGGGGCCUUACGCGUAGGCACACAUCCCUUCGCCAACUUUGACUUAACAGCACUGUUUUUCUUCAUCUACAGAAGAUAUUUCCAACAAUUUUUCACGAUUCUAUGAGGAAGGUCACCCACCUAGACGGGAGGAAGUUACUCCCACCAACCCAACAAGGAGAAGACUAUCUGACCCUGACGUCCGACAACGAGAAUGGCAAGAUUUUGCAGAUCGGAGAUCCUGCAACAACUCCAGAGAUUUUACUUCCAGGAAACGUGGGAAUUUUCUGGAAGAAAGGCCUAGGUCAGAUGAAUGGUUAGAAAGUGGUUGGGGGCGUGUUGAGAAAAGACGUCGCCGUAGCAUUUCACCUGUUAACGUGAGAUCUCGGGACUAUGAUCAUCAAGAGAUUCCUCUCUCUGAGGAGCGUGGUCGAAAGAGAUCCCCGGAAGCUCAUGACAUCAGAGCACCUGUCAAUCUUAAGCAUGGUGCCGAUUUUGCUCAUUCAGCGCGUGAUCACCCCACCAGUUCAUCUUCACCACGAAAACGAAAUUCACCAGGCAGAGGCACGCGAGAUUCAUCUAGUGAAGCCUCGCCACUGAGUGAAAGAUCAAGUUAUUCUUGUAGUGAGCAAUCCUCGGAAAGAAGGUUUGGUGGGAGCCGCAACUUUGAUACUCGGGAAAGGCACCAUAACAGCAGGGUGCCAAAUGAGAGAGGACGCCCUGAACGAUCAAAGAAAGAGGCUGAUCUUCGUCGGUCUCUGAUGGAACACAAGCACAGAAAACAUAUUUCAUGCACGGGUAGAGACAGAUCCAAGGAAGAGAGAUUGAGUUAUUUAUCAUCGGAAAGAGAAAGGAAAUCUCCUCCAGAUGAACAUUACAGAUCAACUGGCUCCCGAAGCACAGCCGAAUCCACCUCUUCAUCCAGAACUGGAAACAGAAAGAGACACCAUGAAGAUGAAAGGACAAGGCAUAACAUGGAAUCAAAUAAAAAACGUGAGCUUGUAAUUUGGGUUUUGAUUGUUCAUAAUGUUCAAGGGCAUUCUUUCACUUGAGAAAAAACGAAAGCCACAUUGACCUGCCACAUGGCAUGUGGAAAACGCUACCGCAGGAAAUAAACUCAACAACAGCUAUGUGAGUGAUGCCCCUUUCGUAUUUCAUCUAUACAUUAGGAAGUAAGAAACAUCUUUUAGAGAUUAGGAAUAAGUAAUAAAUAUGGCAGAGAUUAAGAUUUUAUCGCUUAAGUUUUCUUUUCAGGAAAGGAAACGAGUCAUAGUUCCACAGGCCAUUCUGGUACUGCAAGCAGAAGUAGUGAACUCCGAGAGGGCAAACCACAGUCAAAGCCAUCUGGUGAAAAAAGGACGCAUUCUUCUGGAGACCACCUGAGUAGGACGGGAAAGGUGAGCUGAUUUCACCAGGCAGUUUACAAAUUCUUGCCAUGGUUAUUUUGGAAAAGCAGCAGAAAUUCCUUCUGUCCAGUUUGAUAGUGAAAGGAAAUCUGCACACCUUCAAGAAAAGCUUAUGUUGUGAGAAGUUAAAGACAGCUUAGCGUCCCAACAUCUACCUACGACCUUUCCCUCUGUUCAUGUCUUACUUAUUCUGUUUUUUUUUCUGCAGCCAAGGGAUAAAGUAACAGAUAAAUCCAGCGCUAAAAGAACGGAUCGUCUUUUGAACGAUUUAGCCGUCACAUUAGCCGUGGAUAACAUCUCCUUGAGACGACCAAGUCCUGAUGUAGAGGACAAACAUAGAAACUCUGAUCGUAAAAGGCAACCUGCAGACAAAAAUUCCCCAUCUAAAAGGUCGUAUGAAAAGUAUCUAGACCAGAUUAACGCGGUGGACCAUAUUGUCAGGGAUGAAGAUGUGCAGUCAGUAGAUUCAAGUAGUGGUGGUUUGAAUGCAAAGGAUACAGUACUUGGCUGGUACACUACGGAAGAAUCAUCUGAAGGAGAGACAACCGCUUCCGAGAGCGGAACAAUGUGCUUAAAAGGGCUCUGUGUAGGUGGAAAUUAUGACCAAGAUGUCGACAGUGUGGCAGAAGCGUAUGACAGAGUAGAAGGUUCAUUUCAUGCGGGAAAGAGCUCUUUGACUUUUGGUUUCAACUACAAGCCUCUUAAGGUCGCACUGGGACAUCCCACAAUUUUAGGCAAUACUGGCCAGCACGCAAAAGAAGCCAAGAGAUUUUUCGGAGGGGACAACACUAAACUACAUGAUAAUUUACAGUAUGCGACAGAGGCAACUUUUGCAAACACCACAAUUCAGCCGUUCAGACCCUCCGCCAAAGUCUCCGAAUUUACUGAAAUAGAAACCAACUCUCCGUGCACUGUCGACAAGCUUGAGAAGACACCCGAAACGGUCAAUGAGGAGACUAAUGUGGAUGAAAAGCUUAGUAUAAAGGACUGCAAACAGCUGAAUCUCUGCUUGGAGCACCCCGAUUUUGAAGAAAUACAGACAAACGAUACUUUCAUUUUCGAUGAUUUUAAGAAGACACAAAAGGAGAAGGCCAAUGAAGAUGCACUCGCUCUAAAAACCAUUGGCAUUAGAUUGGUAAGACAAGAAGAUGGAAACUUGCGGGUCAAAAAUUGUCAUUUUGUUGAUAUGGAGUUUUCGUCUGAUGAUCAGAUAUCUCCAGACGUAAUGAAGUCCGGAAACGAAUUUUGCUACAGUAUAGAUUCCAGCAACGUUGAGAACGAAAUCGUUAAUAACGGUAGAGAGGAGAAGUGUGUCAGCAGGAAAGCCACUCUGGAUGUUAGAAGAUCAAAGGAAACAUUAAAUUCGGGAGGCGUUACCUCGAGUGUUAUUGUAACUCCCUUGAAUCAGAACGUGCUAAGCACCUGUGACAAAGAGGACGAGAAUGUCGGUGGAGGUACAGUAGACCAGAAAGCAUACGACGUAGAGCCUAAAGCAGCGGACAGUAGCAGACACAACACUGCUAGUCUAUGUUUACUCUCCACCAUACCAAGCAUUCAUUCAGACAAAGUAAAUCAAGAUUGUCAAAAGGCCUUAACACAGAGAAGUUAUAACAUUAAAGACCGUAAUUAUGUUGGUGGAAGAAAACGGGAAAGGACUACUUUGGAUGACGACCAAGUGAACAGCAUUUAUACUGAAGAGGAAUUAUCUAGCUAUAACACUUCUAAUGUUGCUGACCAGAAUCAACAUAAAAAACAGCCUUUAGGCGCUGACAACCUGGAAAAAGAAACAACGAACAGAGAACGUUUGUGUUUGGACAAAGAUGAUCUUGGUACUAAAGAGCGUGAUACAGCUGGUGUAAGUAAAGAAUUAACACAGGUAAAUGACCCAAAUGGCAAGAACAAAGUGAUUCUUAAGAGUGACUGUGUGGUUCACGGCAAGAUCAUUCAAGAAGAAAUCUGUCACGACAAUGACGGUCAAGAUUAUAGCGCUAUGAUACAGGGAUGCAAUGUGGAGCGUAAGCAUGAAGACAACAGUGGACAAGAGACAACGUCUGAUGAACGUAUUGAUGACGCAGUCAAAGAUAUCAGUGUUAGUGACGUGAGUCAAGAAGUUGAGCGUAAGAAGGAAGCCACUUACAGAGAUCAAGGGCGUUUAAAGAAGAGGGGUCCUGGUGUCAUAUCCAAAGAGAACAGAACCAAUGACGUUUAUAACAUGAGGACCAAGGAAGGAGAGGGCUCUGGAUCUGCUGUUUUGAUUUCAGAAGAAGAUGUGUGUGAAGGAAAGAGUAGCAUUUCCACGUACUAUGAUAAAAACGGAAUUCAAAAGCGGAGCAAGCAAAAAGAUGUUGAUUUUGAUCACCAAUUUGGAGGACAGAAGGGUGAGAGAAGGGCUUUGGGUAUGACUGCUAUAGAUGACUUUGGCGUCAGUCAUAAGGAAAUUCAAAUUGAGGAUGUGAAUUCAUCAGAUAUUGUUGAAAAAAUGUACUCUUCCCAAGAUUUAACCGCACGUUGUAAAGGAAAUUCAAGUUGUGAAGAUCAUGUUACCACCCAACAAAGAAUUCAUUCCUCAGACAAUACAAACCUGUCAGUUAGCACGUGGAAUAAGGAUGAGAGCUGUCCCACGGUACACAGAAAUGGUCUAUCCAGUCAGGGAAAUUUGCCCAGACGGAAAUGUCAUCCGGUAACAGAAAUUUCCAAAGUUGAUGUGGUAAGUAAAGUUACUGGUGUAUCGCAGAAGAUCUCAGAAGGUUGCCGAAGUUUCGAUAUACGCGUCCUAGAACGGGGAGAUUGCUGUAACGUUUCCCAAGCUGAUUCAGGUAUCAUUGACCGUUCGUGUUUUAAUUGGUCACGAAUGGAAUCCCGGCAGUCGAAUCUGGACGAUAGUGAUAAAACUGUCAGUUCAUCCCCUGAUACACGUAGCGUGAGUCAUGGUCUAACGGAGAAUAACCUUUCGGUCAGGGGGAAUUUGGAACACGUUGAAAUGGAAAUCUCUUCCGAUGAAGAACAUAGGCCCAAACUAACUGAUCCUAUAACCAGCGUUGUCGACGAAGCCAGUGGCGCCAAACCUUACUCACCCAGUAGUCCUACUAUGAAAAGUGACGAUCAGUGUUCUCCUCAACCCAAGGAUUCCUCUCCCUAUUCCCCAAGUCAUCCGACAAACGUCAGUGAAGGAGAUCUGGAUCAGAAUAAUCUAGUUAAAGAGUUAAGCUACCACGAAGAAGGGGCCGCGCAUGGUGUAAGUACAUCUGCAGACAGGAAGAUCAUUGCUGGUCCCCUCGAGAACAGUUUCCAAGGUAACAACGCCGGUCACAAUGAACGUACCGUAACUGCGCAGGAGGUUAGGAAUAACGGCAUUGAUAUUUGUUCUGAAAGUCUCGUCACGGUGUGCUCAAAAACGUCUAAAUCUGAAUCUUUACGCAGCACACCAACUGUGGAAGGUGCUCUUGAUGUAAACGUGCCAGUAGACGAUGUAGCACAAAGUGGUGAAAGAAAGACCUGCUGUGAAAACGAGAGUGUCGAUGACAGGGGCAUUGCAGCUUCACGUUGUAACUCUUCACCUUAUACCAUAAAUGAAAAAGGCCAGAAAUCUUUGCUACGUCGCCCACAGAGAACACAGAGCUUACCCAAUAUUUCCACAGUGGUUUCAAAACCGAAAAUUGUGUAUAUCUCUGCAACACGGUCUAAAGACUUUAACGCUCAUGAAACGAUCCCUUCCAAGACUGAUAACAGUGUAGAUAAAGCAAUAAAAUCCGACGACGUUAACUGUGUUAAAAUACCCAUUGUGACAACUUUUGAAAUCAAUCCCCAGAAUUCCAGUCCAGAAAGCAAGCGACUAUUUGCAUCUAAUGUGUCUUUGGAGCUACACGAAAGAUCAUCUUGUACAUUUUCUAGUUCCCAAGGAACAAGUCAAACAACAGAGGUUACUUUUGAAGACAGCCUAAGUAUGAACAAAACUGGUGAAGGCAUAGAAUUUGAUCCUAACUGUGAUUCGGUUGUUACUCCAGUAACAUGUGAAAAAAGCGAGAGGAGGCCUAUAACAUCAAGGCGUAAAGUUGAUCUAGAUAAACAAGACGGUUGUCAAACUCACGAGCGUGCGAGAAAGAUGGUUCGUGAGGGUGAAAUUUGUAAUAGAAAAGAUAAAUUCGAUGAAGAAUCUAUGGUAAGAGCUACUGGUCAAGGUGUUCUAACGCCCCAAACCCAUUCUGCUUCACCCUCUAGACCCGACCACAAAAGGUCCCACGAAGACGGGGAUGGACCUCGGCCAUGUAAGGUGCCAAAGAAAUCUCUGAAACUCAUCAUACCGAGCCAUCAGGUAUCUGAUUGUAAUGCCACAGGUACACCACCACAAAGUGAAAGUAAAGGCGGUUCCUGCGCAGUCACAGAUUUGUGCUUUGUUUCUGACUGGAACGGCAGUAAAGCAGACCCAUUAAAAGAACCUGUGAAUGUGACUGAUUAUAUGAUGGCCACUCGACCGCCCACCACUGUUACAGCAAAUUCGAAGGCUGGUUUCAUUUCAAAGAAAAUCACAAAACCUCGUGCGAAAAUAUUGAAGAAAACCACCUCUCAUACUGUCACUCGCGCAGACUUGGACUCUGUGUCGCAGCAAAACAGUUUGCCAUCCAGUGAGAUUGAUAACGAUGCUAGUGAAGACAUUGUGACAGUUCAUUCGUCAUUGGAAAUUUUGACUGAUCUUCUUAGCAGCAAAAAUACAGAAGGUGAAAGCAAUUCGAUUUCUCGAAGUGAUAGUUUCGAAGCUACAAACAACCAUGCGUCAUCUUCGUCGACAAAAGACUCCUCGCAUUACCAGCAAAACAAACAUCUUUUAAAUUCUGGUGAAAGUAUCCGCACUGACGAACACAGGGAGAAGGAAACAGGGCUAGAACCUGAUCAGAUUGCUUUUAGGAUGGAAAGACUUCGGAAGAAGAAAGAAGAAAUUGAACAGGUGUAGUACUUUUGAAAGCCUUUUACUGUUUUUAAUCAGUUGAAUUGUUUAAUGCUUUAACAUCCUUAGUUUCCCUUCUCUGCGGUUCGAAGUUAAAUCUAAAAUAACGGAAUGAUGCAAAGUAUUAAAACAACAAACAUUGCCAUUCAAAGUAUUGUUUAAGUGCGUAAUUACGUAAUUUGCAUUCAACGAUUCGUCCACCAACCUUUUUUUUCGGAAGAAAAAAAUGCAGCUGCUUUUACUUUUUUCCACUCCUGUAAACCGGCAAACCCUUUCAACCUUAAUAGGCGCUGUAGAAAGUGCGAAGUCAUUGUGAGCCUAGUUCAUUUGUCUCCCAGGAUAGCAACUGGUAAUCAGAUGAUAUUCUCGUUAAAUUAGGAAAUAAUUUCACUCGUCACUGUUUGAUGACACCUACUAUGAGAAUGAAGUGUUAAGCGUUUUGCAGUAAACUUGUUAAAGUCCCCAUACAGUUACUUAAAGGCCGAUAAACUAUUCAUGGCUUUAUUUAAUGUUAAAGGUGUACAAGAGAGAAUGUCAGACGGUUAUCAACGUUGUCAAGAUGCUAGUAAGGUCAGUUGUUUUCAGUACCACCCAUAUGUGUAAGUGGUUCUCAAUACUAAGUGUUGUAAAAUCAAACUCUGGUCAAUCAUAUAGUGUGGUUGAGAAGGAAACCUGAAACAUUUAGGUUUAGACGAAUCCUUACUGCAGUGGAAGAGUUGAGCAAAUUGAAGGUCAAGUGUUUCGCUUUCGAUUAGAAACAAUCUGUUUUUGGUUGGUUCGGUUGAUAACCUUUUCAACUUCUUCACAGCUCUGUGGAAAUGUUUGAAAAUGGUAUUUCGCACGCAACGUCCUAAUUUUUGCGCGUGAACUGCUUGAGCAUAAGUUCCCGUUUACUUCGAGGAAGUAUGGAAUUAACUUUAGCCAGUGACAAUCGCCUAUCGACCCAAAACGUUUGAGAAAGUAGUGUUAUUGUAUUUUUAUCUUAUGGGCUGUUUUUAUUUUUUAGCAAUGACCCGAGAUUAGAAGGUAUCUUACAGAAUGCUGUUCGUCGUAGUUUGCAAGAGAUGGGGGAAAGAUGUGUGCAAGAGUUAGAAAAAGAGGUUCGUCCUGGAAUGUGA